UUUUAAAAGAGCACAACAUUGUAACAUACACUUUUUGCUUUUUAUACAAAUGACAGGACGUGAUGAUGGAAAAGAUUCUGGUGAAGGGGAUGCCAUUAAAGUGUUUGUUAGAAUCAGACCACCUGACUCCUAUGACACAGAUAUUGGACAGGUUCUGGCACUCAAGGUUCUUGAUGAGACCUCCCUUGUGAUGAACAGUAAACCAGAACCCAGAAUAUUUACAUUUGAUAAGGUAGCUGAUGUUACUUCUACACAGGAAUCCCUAUUUAAUGUUAUCGGGAAACCAAUAAUAGAAUGUUGUGUAAGUGGAUACAAUGGAACUAUAUUUGCUUAUGGUCAAACUGGAUCAGGAAAAACACAUACAAUGUUAGGUCCUUGUGAAGAUGCAGAUAACUUCCAGCAUGAAUUAAGAGGAAUAAUUCCAAGGAGUUUUGAAAAUCUAUUUAACAACGUAGCUAGUGAACAGGAAAUGAACAAGGGUAAAGAGUUUUUGUUGAAAUGUUCUUUUUUGGAGAUCUAUCGAGAGGAUGUGUUUGAUUUAUUAGAGCCAUCAAAUAGAGGACUCCACUUGAGAGAGAACAUGAAAAAGGGAGUUUUUGUGGAAGGUUUAGUGGAAAAUGCUGUAACCAGUGCUGUAGAGGCUUAUCAAGUACUUAAUUCUGGAUGGAUUAACAGAAGAGUAGCUUCAACAUCAAUGAAUAGAGAAAGUUCACGGAGUCAUGCAGUAUUUACCAUAACUAUUGAAUCAAAGGAAAAGAAAGAUGGAGUACAGAGCUUAAGAAUGUCUCAGUUAAACCUUGUAGAUUUGGCUGGCAGUGAACGACAGAAGGAUUCAAAUGCUGUUGGUAAAAGACUAAAGGAAGCUGGUUCUAUAAACAAAUCUCUAUCCGUAUUGGGCAAUGUCAUCAACUCAUUGGUUCACAUCAGCCACGGUAAAACAAGGCACAUACCAUACAGAGAUUCUAAGUUAACUUUUCUUUUAAGAGAUUCCCUGGGAGGAAAUGCUAAAACACAUAUCAUUGCAUGUGUUCAUCCAAGUUCAAAAUGUUUUGGAGAAAGUUUGUCAACUCUACAGUUUGCAGGAAGAGCUAAAAUGAUCAAAAAUAAGGCUGUGAUCAAUGAGGAUUCCCAAGGAAAUGUGAUGGCAUUACAAAUAGAGAUCAGGAAACUAAAAGAGAUGUUACAGCAAUAUACAUCAGGGACGAUUAAAAUGGAACCUUCCAUGACAGGAAUACAGCAGGAAUCUGACAACACAAGUUCUGUUAGUGAUUCUGAAUGGAAAGAAAGAUUUAUACAAGCAAUGUUACUCAGGGAAAACUGUGCUCAGGAAAAAAUGAUUUUUGAAGAAAAAUUGAUAAAAUUAAGAGAUCAGUGCAAUAAGAAAGAUGCCUGCCUUCAGUCGACAAAAAUGGUUGUCAAAUUUAGAGAGAAUCGGAUCUCGCAGCUGGAAUCUGCAUUAAAGAAGAAUGGACUUCAAUCAGAUGACAAAGACAAAUAUGCUGAAGACUUGAAAGCAGAGAUAAGCUUACUGCAGGAACAAGUUAAACAACAUCCAAUGGUAGCCAAAUACUCCAUGGAAAUUCAGGCCCUUAAAUCUCAACUUAAAAAUGAGAGAGCUCAGAAUGAUAACACUAACAGAAAUAAGGCAGACUUAUUGAUUGAAUUAGAUGGAAAAUAUAAGGAAUUAACACAAGACAAGAAAAUAUUCACACCAUCACAGACUCCUAAAGAAGAAAAUGUAGCUACUGCAACAGUUGAGAAAUACAAAAGUCAGGUUAAUAAUCUACAAGAGGAAGUAGCUAAGCUGAAACAACAGCUAACAGAAAAUGCUGAUGCAGCUGAAAAAGAGAAAGUGGAAUUGAAUUCUGAGAUAGAAUCAUUGAAGUCAACUGUGAAAGACCUAAGUUCCAGUCUAAAAACUCAAAAACUGACCAAUAAGAUAGAGAGAGAAAAUAUGAACGAUAUACACUUACAGACAAUCACACAAAUAACAACACCAAAAAAAGCAGCAUAUACUUUACGUAACAGAGUGAUUGUUGCACCAUCAACAGGAUCCAAUACACCAAGUUUAAAUGAUUCUAUACCAUUUGAAAAAGACGAGGAUAUUUUUGAUGAAACACAACCAGAUUUUAUGAUGGAACAAGCCCACCAGGCUUUAAUGGAUGAAAUGAAAAUUUUACAGGACAAAAAUAAUAGUUUAUCGGAAAGAAUUGCUGAGUUUGAGACAGAGGCUAUCCAAUUAAGGCAACAUAUAUCUAAAGUAGAUCAUCAAAAUGGACAGUUAAAUGAGAUAUUAGAUAGAGAAAGAGCAGACCUAGCCUCAAGAGCUGAGUCAUCAGAAAAACAGGUGAUUGUACUACAGAAACAGCUACUAGAAUCUCAAGAAGAGGCCAGAAUGAAUAAAGAAGAAGCUAGAGAUUAUAAUGUCAUGAUGACAUCAAACGAAAAGCAGCUGGAUGACCUCAAGAAGGAACUUAAGUUUACCAAAGAGGAUAAUGAAAAGAAUUUAAAUACACUGGAGACUAAGCUUGUCCAGUUAGCAGCAGAACUAGAUAACAUAACUAAAAAUUUAGAAACAACAUUAGAAACAAAGGAAUCAUUACAGGAAGAAGUAGAUACUUUGCAAGUGGAAAAAAUAUUUAAAGACAGUUUGAUUUCUGAGUUAGAAGAAACAUUAAGAAACGAAAAGAGUAAAGUGUCUGACCUACUUCGGGAGAAUCAGACUUUAUUACAAGAAUCACAACAAGAAAGAUCUACUUUGUCAGACCAGUUAAGAGAAGAAGAAAGACAGAAUGAAGCUAAUAAUCAGACAAUCAGUAAUUUACAGAGAGAAUUACAGAACUUGGAGCAAACUACCAAUACACAACAGAAACAACUUACACAAAAUACAGAAGUGAUAAGUGAUUAUCUAGACAAGAUUAAAGACUUGAAAACCAGUCUGUUUGAGAAGAAUUUCACUUUAGAAACUGAACAGGAGAAAACUAAAAGUCUUGAAGAAAGUAUACAGUCACUUGUGAGCGAAAUAAAAAAUGUUAAAAGUCAGAUGUUAAAUCUGGAAGAGGAAAAGAAAACAAUGGAAGAGGAUCAUCAAAUAGAGUUGUCUAAUGUAAAUGAGCAAGUUGACUGUCUGACAAAGAAUUUCAAUGAACUUGAAGAAGAACACAGAAAAGUACAGAAAUCGAAGAAUGAUCUUGAGAAACAAUUUGAAACUUUGAAAGAUGAAAAAGAUGCUUUAAACACUUUAAUAAAAGAAAAUAAAGAAGCUUAUGAAAAUGAAGUGACUGAUUUGAAACAGCAGGUAGUUGAUGCAGAAAAAAGGUUGAUUGACAAAGAGUCUGAGAGUGAGGAAGUAUUUGGUAAACUGAUAGAAGAAUUGACUUCUAAAAAUGAACGACUUAAAGAGAACAACAGUGAUUUAUGUCAUUCAAUUAAAGAACUUCAGGAAAGCAAGGAAGAAAAGGACAGAGAAAAUGAAGAAUUGAAGAAUAAGUUAAAAGUCAUAGAAUCACUUUCUGAAGGAUUCCGUAAUCAAAAACAGUGUCUUGAGUAUGAAAUGCAGAAUAAAAGGGACACUCUGGACAAACUCUCUGUUGAAUCUAUGGUCAAAGAGGAACAGCUAAGAGGACUUGAAAGUGAUUUUGAAAGGAUGAAGGAAGAAUCGUCAAACAUAAAGGCUGAAAAUGAGGUCCUUCAGAUAAGGCUAUGUGAAGUAGACAAGGAGAUGAGUGAAGUGAAUGAGAGAAACAAGAUAUUACUGGAGGAGAAUGCAAAACUUGUAGGACAUCAGAACUUAAAGCAGAAGAUUCAUUAUACAGCCAAGUUAAAAGAUGAAAACAAUUUCUUAAGAGAACAAUUGAGCAAGCAUCAGCAAGAAAUAAUGAAAUUAAAAUCAGGAACACCAUCGAAGAAAGAAAACAGAUCUCCAUUGAAACAGUGGAAUGAAAAACAAUGGGAGGAAGCAGAAGAGUCAUUAUGAAAAAGAUUUGUUUAAAAAAUAAUAUAUUUAUAGGU